GCCCAGGGCGCAGCGGGGGCGCCCUGCCCUCCGGGCGUGGGUGACUGGCCGCGUGUGCCUGGGUGCUUGACGCGACCACCAGCCAAUCAGGGCGAGAGGCCCGGGCUGCCAUGUGACGGGCGAGGCGGCCCCUUUCCCGAGCGCGGCCAGAGGGAGGAGAUCACCGGGGCUCGCCGCGAGCCUUGGAGAGCAGCGGCCGCGGAGGAAGCGGCGGCGGCGGGCGAGAGCGGAGGCGGCACAGGCUCGGGGCCAGCCGUGCGCCCAGCGCGGCGGAGAGCUCGGCGGGCCGCGGAAUCCACGGGACAGGAGUGGACAAAGCAAGAUGGCAGGGAUCUUAGCCUGGUUCUGGAACGAGAGAUUUUGGCUACCGCACAAUGUCACCUGGGCGGACCUGAAGAACACGGAGGAAGCCACCUUCCCGCAAGCCGAAGACCUCUACCUGGCUUUCCCCGUGGCCUUCUGCAUCUUCAUGGUGCGGCUCCUCUUCGAGAGAUUUGUAGCCAAACCAUGUGCCAUAGCCCUCAACAUUCAGGCCAGUGGACCACAAAUUGCUCAGCCCAAUGCCAUUCUGGAAAAGGUCUUCACCGCAAUUACAAAGCAUCCUGAUGAAAAGAGAUUGGAAGGCCUCUCCAAGCAACUGGACUGGGAUGUUCGGAGCAUUCAGCACUGGUUUCGACAAAGGCGCAAUCAGGAGAAGCCCAGCACCCUGACAAGGUUCUGUGAGAGCAUGUGGAGAUUUUCAUUUUCCCUUUACGUGUUUACCUAUGGAGUGCGAUUCCUGAAAAAGACCCCCUGGUUGUGGAGUACAAAGCACUGCUGGUACAACUACCCCUAUCAGCCUCUCACAACUGACCUUCACUACUAUUACAUCCUGGAGCUGUCAUUUUACUGGUCUUUAAUGUUUUCCCAGUUCAUUGAUAUCAAAAGAAAGGACUUUGGUGUUAUGUUCCUACACCACUUUGUAAGUAUUUCCUUGCUUUCCUUUUCAUAUGUCAACAAUAUGGCCCGAGUGGGGACCCUGAUCCUCUGUCUUCAUGAUUCAGCCGAUGCUCUUCUAGAGGCUGCCAAAAUGGCAAAUUAUGCCAAGUUUCAGAAAAUGUGUGAUCUCCUGUUUCUAAUGUUUGCCGUGGUUUUUAUCACCACAAGACUGGCUAUAUUUCCAAUCUGGGUGUUAAAUACCACAUUAUUUGAAAGCUGGGAGAUCAUUGGACCUUUCCCUUCCUGGUGGGUUUUUAACCUGCUGCUGAUGCUAGUACAAGGGAUGAACUGCUUCUGGUCUUACUUGAUCAUAAAAAUAGCCUGCAAAGCUGUUUCAAGAGGCAAGGCUGGGAAGUGGAACCCUUUACAUGUGUCCAAGGAUGACCGAAGUGAUAUUGAGUCCAGCUCAGAUGAGGAGGACUCGGAGCCCCCAGGGAAGAACCCCCACACUGCAACAACCACCAAUGGCACCAGUGGUACCAACGGGUAUCUCCUGACGGGCCCCUGCUCCGUGGAUGAUUGAUUCCCCAAAACUACAAGUCCCGAACAAAGUGAACUGUUUGUUCCUGGAAGUAUUUAAUAAGUUGCAAAUGCAGUUGCUUUCAUAAUAUCUCAGCACCCGAAACAAAAUCAGAGCAUUUUGAAUAGUGCACGGCCAUGUGUCCUGUCAGUGAAUGAAGAAGAAUUACCAUUCGCUCUCUGUAGGCAUGCUGUAUGUAAUUGACACAAGGGAACGUAAUUGCGUUUGUACUGUCUUAGCAUAUUAUUUAUUUUUUGUAUUUGUUUGUAAAUCUGUGGACGACAGAGAGUUUCCUCACUCCUUUUCCUCUCCGGGUUCUUGACAGUGAAGGAGAUGCUUCAUCUGCGUCUAGCCCUUUCUCUUGCUGUGGUCCCAUGUGCCGUGCGUGAGCAUCAGCUUAAUUUGUCACUUAUAGCAAGCAAAGCCCAGUGCAGAAUUCUCACCCAGCUCCAAAUAAGUUUGCUUUCUUUGUGUCCCUGUGCCCAUUUUGAAAUGGCCUGUGCAGUUCCAGUGACUGUUUAAACAGGAUGAGCUAAGUUUUUAAUUAUCAUUCUUCAUAGUCAAUGAGCAGUUCAAAUUAAAGAUGACGGUCAUUGGAGGACUUUUUGAAAGUUGUUUUGUCUUGAGUUGGUUUGGAAUAGACUUCGUUCCUUGUGCACACAGCCAAGAUUUUCUCAGUGGGCGUGGUAGUGGGAGGUGACCUUGCAGGUUAGAGUCGUUUCUCUCUCUAAUGAUGAGGUCAGUGCCCUGACUCUGAAGAAAGACAUUUGCUUAAGCUCAUAGAAACGAACAAAGAAAUCACUUGCAAUAUUGGGAAUUUGCCAGUGUUCUGGGAAUAACAUAAAGAGAGUAACUGAUUUCAACAGGUUGCCACAACCCCUGUAAUUAUUGCAGUCUCCUCUCAUGUGAUUACAGAAAGAAGCUGAGUAUAUUGGGUGUAAGAAAAAAGGAGUCUUCCAAGAGUUGGCAAAGAUCACCUCCAGGACAAAGCACUUUAUUGCAACCAACUUUCAAGGAAAGCCCUAUCUAGUAUUAGAUCUUGUCUUUAUUUUGCUACACAAAAUAAAGCCAAUGGGAGAAAAACUGUUUUACCCUUUGCUUUUCUCCUUAAACGUUACCCAAGAUGACUUUCCUACUAGGAGAAAUAGAGUAUCGUGGCACUCCAAAGCUUCUUUGAAGACUUGCUUCAUUUCCAGGAAUGUGUUUUCACAUGAAGCUAUUUCCAGAAAAACAAAAAUUCCACUUAGCAAUGGUAACACCUGAAAUUAGGAAUAUCACUAGCAUUUCCACAAAGGCUCUUAGAUGGCAGUGUUACUUAGGUACGAAAACCAUACAUAAGCCAAAGAUUUUUAUCUCUUCUCUCAGUGAGAGCAAAUAAAAAGGGAUUGCAGAUACUUAUUUCAUAAAUCCAAAAGCCCACUAUCUAAAACAAGAGUCCAAUACAAAAAUGCAGUAAUACAAAUGUGAGGAUCAGGGUACGGUGAAGACAACAGCAAAAUACUAGCGAUGGCCCAUCUGUCCUGUCAGAGCCAUUCACGUUCAGUUUGAUUUUGUGAAAAAAAUUAAAGCUUUGUGCCCAGAAUUUGCACAACUGUGAGAUAAUACCCCAUUUCCCCGAAAAUAAGACCUACUUACAGGAAAGUUAAGACGUCCCCUGAAAAUAAGACCUAGCGCAUCUUUGAGAGCACACCUUAAAAUAAGACACUGUCUUCUUUUCGGGGAAACAUAGUAGUUAAAAGAAUGCUCCGAACAAAAACUUCUCACUGUAAUAGUGUCUCCCACCCCACCUAUUUAUGAGAUAGUGUGUGUUUGGUAUGGUCCUUAAUAAUAAUUGAAGAGUCUUGGAAAUACGUCUGCUGGUUUAUUGAGAAAACAAUGCAACUAAUUCUGUUUGUAGGGCCUUAUUAUUUUAUUUCACCCAACAGGCAUGUAAUUUGUAGAUGGCUAAUUUUGUAAAAUCAAUCAGAAAACACCAAAAAGACUUAGUCAUCAGAACUUGUGGGGGGCAAGCUUUCUAGAUAGACGAAAGCAGCAGGCGAACCAGAGUGCCCAAGUGACGCUCUAGGGUAGAAGAAUAAUUUCAAGAUCAGCUUAAAGGUUUAGAUAACUUGUGUAAAAUGAAGUAAAUGGAGUCUGUCCUUAGCAAAGGCAGGUCUAACUAAUCUUUUGUUUUUCCCAGAAGUCACUCAGAAAGAGGACUGGGAGCACUCAGAGCCUCUCUAACUGAUAGCGUUUACUUAACACCACCCUCUACAUAUCUACAGAUUAUUAUUUCAUUUUGGGACAGAGAGGUUUUUUCUUAUUCAAAAUUGGGUUUGUAGGCCUUUUACAGUGUAGAAUCAUAUGUUUCUGCCUCCAGCUUUUCUGUGAUGAGCUGAUAAGCCUGAGAGAGAAAAACAUAGGUCACCGCACCUUCCCCACGUCCCUGGCCGCAGUUUUGGAAGUGUAUUUUGUAAAUCCGGCUGUAAAUUAGUGGGAGUGUUUCUCAUUAAUUAACUUAGCCUGUGUUGAUAUCUCCUUCCUCAUCAUCACAAACCUUCACAGGAUACAAAAGGCUAUGGAGAAAGGACUCUAGAAAAAGUAAUAUUUUAUUCUCCAAUGUCAUAGCAUUUUCUAGAUUGCUUAGUGAGGGAAAAAGUAGAAAAUCAAGUAGAAUUUCGCCUCAGGUCAAUAAAUGAUAUAAAAAUGUGUGAUCUGUGUAUAUGAAUCUCUUAAAAAAUGUGAGAAAGCAAAAAUAUCACUGACUCAUCUUUAUCCAUAUUCUUUUCAUAAAAACCAUCGACCAUAUAAGUAGAAACUUCCCUCCUCCUUUGUCAACCCUUUUUGUGUUCCCACACAGCUGAGCAUGGUAGAAUCUUUUCAGCCUCCUAAGCCACAGAGCUAAGUACAGCAUUGUGCAGGUCACAGAGCAUCUUCUAAGGUCAGCAUAUGAGCCAAAUACAGUUUACAUUUCCAAGUUCAGUUCUAUGGAUAUUGUGAAUAGGAGAGCAACUAUCAGUAUUUUGGAUUAUUUAAGGAUAUGUUGUAAAGAUGAACAUGAUUGCCAAUUCACCCCAAGGUUUUAUUAACAUCCUACACCUGACAGUCUGCUACAGAUGAUGUCCUCAUGGAGAUGAAUAAAGCAGAAAUGUAGGCAAAAAGCAAGCUGAAAUCGAAUCACCACUAGUCAAAAUGGCAAGUAAAAGACCAGAUGUCCAAUUCUGUUGCCAAACUUCCGUUUUGAGUAUUCGAUAGCAUUUGAAUUUGAGCAAACAGAAUGCCUCAUCUUAGGUAGAAAAGAUCUGACUCUUCCACUUUGUAUUCAAACCUCAUGGUUAUUUGGCCUUAGUAAAAAGUGAGAUUUCAUUUAAGCUCCCCUGAGUCUUUGCUGAAGCGCUUUCAGAGAAAGCUUAGUGGACACCUAUGAUUGUUCCCAAUCUGUUCAUGAUUUUGCAUUAAUGGUUUUUGUUUGCUUUCUUGGAAAUGUUAAUGCCAAAGUUGCCUGAAUAUUUGAAUAUUUUUCUUAAUUUGAAGUAUAAAAAGCAUACAGAAUAAUUCCAAAGGUAUUUAAAGACUCAGUUUAUUGGUCAGUAUAUAUGGUGAUGUCAUUACAUCAGAGAAGCUUCAAGAAAUCCUUUGAAAAUAAAAGGUUAAAUGUUUACAUUUUAUGUGAUAUUUAAGCUUGUAAGGUUUUAAUUAGCUUACAGUUUUUAACUUGUCUUUGGCUGAUUUCUGCUUUUUAGAUAAAUAGUAAUCGCCCUGAAAUGUUUCUAACACCAAAGUUAGAUCGCACUCAGCCUGACAGAAAAUUGUUCACAUGGCACUUUGUUUCUAAGUUAUUUCUAAAGAGAAAAUACUGUGAGCUCUAGUUACUACACUUGCUGUCCGUGGAAGAAAUAACCAUAAACAGUUCCUGAAAGUGCAGCAAAAUAUUUUUCAAAUGGAGAUAUUGUUGUCCCCAGAAUCAGUUUAGGUUUCUCUUUGGUGAAAUGAAAUCGUGCUAGUCUCAGAUUACCCUGUAGUAACUCGUACUGGUUUACCAGCCACAUUUUAGGUCUUCACAGUAAUAGACCAGAAAAGGGCUCUUGGUUUCCCAUUGUAUGCACCGCCCCCUCUCCUACCCUAGGGGGCGCUCAGUGGCUACUGAGGAGGCCGGUCCACUCAGCUGUUGGAACUCUAAAAAUACGCAGAGAUAGCAUAAUUAAUGCUUGUUUUCGUGGAGAACAUUGUAUUAGAGAACCACAAAACAUCAUAAGUAUUGUUAAUAAGACCUUCAGAUCCACACCCAACGGAGAACCUUAGUUAAGUCUUUUCCAGGUAUUUCCAACUUAAAUUCAACCCACCACCUUUGAAAGGAAUGCUUUACUGAAUAGCCACAUGCUGAGACUCCAUCAGGUCCAAGAAAUAGGGAAGUCUCUGCAGCCAGAGAGCAUAUGGUGUCUCCACAAAACUAGACGUUCUCAAGUUGCCCAGGAAGUAAUGGUAGGGGACCAUUAGCCUAAAAUUGUCCUAUCUCCCAUUCGUUCAUGUCCCUUUCCUCCUGGAACUCUUGAUAAAAGGAAGCCAGGAAGUUAUCGUUUUUCUGCUGUCGAUUUACCAAUAACCUUUAAAUCAGUGGUGUACCCACACUUCCUUCUCUGCCUGAUUCCAAUUUUCUGAAAAAGGUAUCGUGCCCGUGUGUGUGUUUUCCUCAGCACAGACUGUGGGUAUUUGUCUUCCUAUUUUGGUAUAUAUUGCAUGGCCUACAAACCCGGGAAUAACAGCUGUUGAUAUGGUUUCUAUGUUCUGUGAAAAAUUGGAUUUCAUUAAGAUAGGUUUUUUGUUUUGUUUUGUUUUUUUGCAGUUUUUGGCCGGGGCUGGUUUUGAACCCACCACCUCUGGUAUACGGGGCUGGCGCCCUACUCCUUUGAGCCACAGGCGCCGCCCGAGAUAAGUUUUUCUUUUUUGUCUACAGUAAUUUUUCUGUCAUUAUAAAAUUGCCCUUUAAAAAUUUGGGAAUUUUAAUAAGAUUUGUCUUUGUUACCCUGAAAAUAAAAUAAUAAUUAAGGAUUUUUAAUCCUCAGCUGCAAAAAAGAAACUAGCUCUGUGAUAGGAACAGUUAUGUGAUGACCUGGAACUUUCACUUAGAGCUUCAUUAAUUGAACAGUGCGGGGAGCCCUCCAAGUUUGAUUUCCUAAAGUUCUCUAACCUCCCAGUUCUCGUAGACUCUGUUUGCCCCCAUGGUCAUUUACCUCUAUAGCCAUUUGUUGUCAUGGGAAGGGGUGGUGGUUAGGUUUGGGAUUUGAUUUUUUUUUAACUUGCAGUGAGAAAUAGGUGACAAAACCUUACUUGUUUUCUUAAGACAUUUCUGUGCUUGGGCAUCUCUGUCACAAAUGGAAUGCUAUACUGUUAGCCAAUUAGAAUUAUUUUAUGUAUUAUUAAUGUGUUUUGCCGAUUUUUAUAUGGAAAUAUAAUUAUUCAUUCUUGAUCUCUGGAAGCAAUCAUGAUUAUGAGGAUCAUUUUACUUUGGAAACACUUUCAUAAUAAAGAUAAGUAUUAAGA